GAAAGGGGAAAAAAAAAAAAAAAGCCUGCAGUUCCCAUGUGAUGGGAUCAUAGCACUGCUGAGAUUAUAGGGCAGUUGUUGUCAGAUCUGAUUGAGAUAAUUGCUUGCAUUUUCCAAAGUUCUGUGAGCUUUAAGGAUGCUUUCCAAAGGUCCUUCAGAAACCUUAACUGGAAUAUGUACGUGCUGUUUGACCAGAGGGCUUGCAGAAUGGCCUAAAAUAGCCCAAAGGAGAAGUGGGAUUUCUGUGUAAUAACGGUUAUCCCGGGAGCACUGGGGACUUUUGGAAAGAGAAACGGGGAUCAAAGAGCGCACAUGAAUUUGUAUCCUUUGUGCGGCUGCCUCUUUGUAUUAAAGUAGGAUACAGGAAGGUGCAGGUGCCGUGCCAUGUGCUGAGGAGCUGCAUCUAUUGCUAGCAAUUAGAAACACUUAUGCUGCAGCAAUAAGGAGAGGAGUGUGUUGGACUGGAUUUGAGUCAUUCAAAUCAUAACAAAAAGAAGUCUGGUGGUGUUAAAACCUAGCUGCAGACUCCGCUUGCUGCGGUAGAAGUAUCUGAAAAUGCUGAAGUUAAAGGCCUUCUGCUUGGAUUACUGGCAGUUUUUAUGUCUCCAGCCUCUUCACGGUUUCUAUAAAAGUGUUGAGGGGGAAGCUCCCAGCAGUGAAACUGGCACGUCUCUGGACAGCCCCUCUGCUUACCACCAAGGGCCUAUAACGCACAGCUCCGCCAUCAGCCCAGACCAUUACGACCAUUCCCCAUACGGGCUCUAUUCUGUCUCCCCUGGACAGCAGAGAUCUCGCAGGCCCAAACUGCAGCACUCCACAUCCAUCCUGCGAAAGCAAGCAGAGGAAGAAGCUAUUAAAAGGUCAAGAUCACUUUCUGAGAGCUAUGAACUCUCUUCAGACCUACAAGAUAAACAGGUGGAAAUGCUAGAACGCAAAUAUGGAGGCCGUCUCAUAACUCGACAUGCUGCUCGUACCAUACAAACAGCUUUUCGCCAGUAUCAGAUGAACAAAAAUUUUGAGCGUCUCAGAAGUUCUAUGUCUGAAAAUCGUAUGUCAAGGCGCAUUGUACUGUCCAAUAUGAGAAUGCAGUUUUCCUUUGAAGGACCUGAGAAAGUCCACAGCUCUUACUUUGAAGGAAAACAGGUUUCUGUUACAAACGAUGGGUCAAAGCUGGGAUCCCUGGUACAGUCUGAAUGUGAUGAGCUCGGAGAGUCAGCUACAAUGAAGUCUCCAGCAGCAUCUACGGAUUUUGCUGAUGCUAUAACGGAACUGGAGGAUGCUUUUUCCAGGCAGGUGAAAUCCCUCGCAGAGUCCAUUGAUGACGCACUGAAUUGCCGGAGUCUACAUUCUGAUGAAGUCCAGACUCCAGAUCAAGUCAGAAGUCGUGAAAUGGAAAGGGAUAGUUGUGCUCAAACUAAACCAGCAAUUCACAACGUGGAUCACAGAAAGCUUGAUGAGAUGACAGCCUCAUACAGUGACGUUACGUUAUAUAUCGAUGAGGAAGAGUUAUCUCCACCCCUCCCGCUUUCCCAGUCAGUAGACAGACCGUCCAGCACAGAGUCUGAUCUGAGGCUCCGGUCUGUGAACUCUUCUCAAGAGUACUGGUCCAUGACCCACAAGGACGAUAAGCUGGACACUGAUACCAGCUGCAGGAGUACCCCCUCACUGGAAUGUCAGGAGCAGAGGAUGAGAAUGGAUCAUCUACCUUUGCUCACUAUAGAGCCACCCAGUGACAGUUCGGUGGACUUGAGUGACCGCUCCGAGAGAGGGUCAUUAAAGAGACAAAAUGCCUAUGACCGAGGGAUCACGAGUCAACAAGGAAGCCCAAAACACAUCCCGCACAGUAUUCCUGCCAAGAUUAUAUCCCGAGAGGAGCAGGAGGCCAGACAUCGGGCUAGGCCUAUAGAUAGUCAUUUAGCCAUCAACGGCACGGCAAACAGGCAAAGCAAAUCAGAGUCUGAUUACUCUGAUGGAGACAAUGACAGCAUCAACAGCACUUCCAACUCUAAUGAUACAAUAAAUUGCAGCUCAGAAUCCUCUUCUAGAGACAGCCUAAGGGAGCAAACCUUGAGCAAACAAACAUACCACAAAGAAACUCGCAACAGCUGGGAUUCCCCUGCCUUCAGUAACGAUGUUAUCAGGAAACGCCAUUAUAGGAUUGGACUGAACCUUUUUAACAAAAAACCUGAAAAAGGAGUCCAGUACCUAAUCGAGCGAGGUUUUGUGCCAGACACUCCGGUUGGUGUUGCCCACUUUCUCCUGCAAAGGAAAGGUCUCAGCAGACAGAUGAUUGGAGAAUUUUUGGGAAAUCGGCAAAAACAGUUCAAUCGGGAUGUAUUAGACUGUGUCGUGGAUGAGAUGGACUUCUCAACAAUGGAACUGGAUGAAGCACUCAGGAAAUUUCAGGCUCAUAUCCGUGUUCAAGGAGAAGCCCAGAAAGUAGAACGGCUCAUUGAAGCUUUUAGCCAACGAUACUGUAUCUGCAAUCCAGGUGUUGUGAGACAAUUUAGAAAUCCCGAUACCAUCUUCAUUCUAGCUUUUGCCAUCAUACUAUUAAACACAGACAUGUACAGCCCAAACGUGAAACCGGAACGCAAAAUGAAGCUAGAAGAUUUUGUCAAGAAUCUAAGGGGUGUGGAUGAUGGGGAGGACAUCCCCCGAGAGAUGCUGAUUGGGAUUUACGAGCGAAUCCGCAAACGGGAGCUGAAGACGAAUGAGGACCACGUGUCCCAGGUCCAAAAGGUUGAAAAACUCAUAGUAGGAAAGAAACCGAUUGGAUCUCUGCAUCACGGACUUGGUUGUGUCCUCUCUCUACCCCACCGGAGGCUUGUUUGCUACUGUAGGCUGUUUGAAGUUCCAGAUCCAAAUAAACCUCAGAAGCUUGGAUUGCACCAGCGAGAAAUAUUUUUAUUUAAUGAUCUUCUUGUGGUCACCAAGAUUUUUCAAAAGAAGAAGAACUCGGUUACAUACAGUUUUCGACAGUCAUUUUCCCUCUAUGGAAUGCAAGUUCUUCUUUUUGAGAACCAGUAUUAUCCCAAUGGUAUUCGGCUCACGUCAGCUGUUCCGGGAGCAGAUAUCAAAGUACUAAUAAAUUUCAAUGCACCAAAUCCUCAGGACAGGAAGAAGUUUACAGAUGAUUUGAGGGAGUCAAUUGCAGAGGUUCAAGAAAUGGAAAAGCACAGAAUAGAGUCCGAGCUAGAAAAGCAGAAGGGUGUGGUGCGUCCAAGCAUGUCUCAAUGUUCCAGCCUGAAGAAAGAUUCUGGCAACGGGACGCUGAGCAGAGCCUGCCUGGAUGACAGCUACGCCACCGGGGAGGGGCUGAAGAGGAGCGCCCUGAGCAGCUCCCUGCGGGACCUCUCGGAAGCAGGCAAGCGUGGGCGACGCAGCAGUGCAGGAUCGCUAGACAGCAAUAUGGAAUUUCAGCAUUUUGAGCCACUGCAAGGACUUUACACCUAAACAGUAGAGACAAAGGAAUCACAACUGCAAAACUGUACCAGCCUAAGAGCAAACCUUGAAGAGGAUGAGCAAAAAGUUCCAGUCUGAGAUGGGUAAAAGUAAUAAUAACAACCAGUCCAUUUUCUGUUUAGCAGUAGUAGAAUUGUCAGGAAUAACAAGGACAUGAGAAGGAGAGAGUGAGUUUUCAUGUCGGCUUGCUCAUGGCAUCUCUGAUACUUGGGGGGCGGGGGGAGAGGUUGAGUAAGUUUUUCCCUUUCAUACCAUUGAUCUCACAAUACCAGCAAAACUGCAAACUGAGCACUUUGUUAACCUCCACAGAGAGCAAAUACAGCAAUCUAGAGUUUAGCCUUUUGUUUAGAGCUGUCCACGUUCGUUUCACACAUGUGCAAUAUGUUUUCCCCUUCUGCUCCUUCUCCUCUAAAUUAUCUUCAUGAAAAAAAAAAAAAAAAGAAAAGGAGUCAUUAUUUUUAAGUAUCACUCAUACUAAAUUCUGCGGCUUACCUUAAGAGGGCUCGUAGGGGUCCCCUGAGGCUCUGUUCCUUGCAGUUUAAAACAAUAUAUACUGUUCUUAUAAGGGAAAGUAGAACUGUCUGCAUGUCAUCUAAUGUUAUUAGUGUGAGGCUACACUCUACAUAUUGUAUAUUUGCAAAAUAUAUCAGUGUUACUGUUGAUAUUAGUUGAAGUAAAGUGAUAACAUAUUUCAAUAUGUAGACUUUUCUUCAUACAUCUGUACCAAUAGUAGAGUCUAACUGUAAUUUAUAGGUUGUUCCAGAAAAGAUAAAGAACCAUUCAGGUACAAACAUCUUCCAGAAACUGCAUCUUUUAAUUAAAACGGAGGUAAGAGUGCUCCUCUUCACUGAGUGACAGCGUCUGUACUGGGUUCAGAUGCAGAGUUACGAUGGAAGUGAAAUUGCCUGUGUAUGGAAUACAGAGCAUGCGGUAGCAGUGGAGAGGAAAUUCUGACUCUGGCUGUGUUAAUUAACAACGAAGAUGCUGAAUCUCCCAGAUCUGCAUUUGCUUUAUGUGCAAAAAACCCCUUUCAUUCAUUUAAAUUAGAGUUACGCAUAAAUAUUCUGAACUUGCACAGUAAGCCACAUUUUGAUGUUUGCCCACUGGUUUUCCAUGUGCCCUCAGCUCAGUAUUGUGGAGAAGUCACCAGUGUGCACCCCGAAAAGCCAUUGACACACGAGUUCAUGUACCCCUGGGGACAGAGCUGGCGCCUGCCCUCGGGGUGCACCCAGCUGCAUGUGGGAAAUCACACGUCAUUCUGAGGCUAGUUUGAAAAACAAAACUGGUCAUAGAAGAGCACAGUAUUUGUAAACUCUAAAUAGUUUCAAGUCAAUGAGGAGAAACAGUGGAAUUUUUUUAAUUAUUUUUAUUUUUUAGACUGUGUGUUUGUAUGUACUUUAAACAAACCGAUGUGUCUUGGUGUCAGCAUAAGUCUGGAGAACUUUGCUGCUUGGUUAGGGCUGUAGUAUAACCUCUCCAACUCCAUCCUUGAUUAACAAACUCUUAGAGCAGUGUGGCCCACGCCUAGAACAGGAAAAUGACAGUACUAUAACACUGCCUGUGGUUAAGAAAAUUAAUUUUUCCAGCCUGCGGGCAGGAGUAGAAUUGAGAGGGUUUUUUCUCCAAUGCCAUUGCCAAUUCAAAACUGGUACAGAGCUGCAUGGAGUGGCCGUGUUUCUCUUUUCCCAUAAAUAAUGUGGCGAAGUGGUAAUGCUGAUUUGAAAAAAUGAAAGGGAAACGUAAAGAAUGAAGGUGUGGCAAGAAAAAUCUUUUCUGGGACAACAAUCAAAUAUAUCUUUGGGGUUUUUAUUUUUUUAAGUUAAGAAUGAAAUGUACAACGAUGUAAAAACAAAAAACAAAGUUCAUCCUAAUAUAAUGUGCGUCUUGUAUUGCUAAAAAAAAAAAAAAAAACAAAAACUAAAAAAAAAA